GGAAGGGUCGGGUGAAGUCUCCGACUCGGAACCAAAUAAAUAGGCUAUUCCCAGGACAUCAGUUAUGGAGCCUAUCGUGGCUUGGAGUUCGGAGAAAGUAAGCGACUGGCUCAAAGGUCUAGAUGCCCCGCUCCAGCAGUACCCCUUUGAGGAAUGGCAGCUCUCUGGGCAAGACCUGCUGCACCUUUCCUGUGCUGAUCUGGAGCAGCUGGGUGUCCACAAGAUUGGCCAUCAGGAGCUGAUCUUGGAGUCUGUGGAGAAGCUCUGCUCACUGACUUACGGCAUGGGCGGGGAGAACCUGCGCGGUCUGACGGAGAAGCUGCGUUCUGUGGCCCACUCCCUGCAGAUGGGUAUCCAGAGCCGCUGGAGGGUCAACACCUACGACGGCCAGGGCACCACCAAGCUCCCCUCUGGCAUUCUCCACUCUGUCCUGGAGCUCAUCACAGCCGCCAAGGGCCUCUUCUCUCUGCUCAACAGGUACAUGAUCUCUCAGCUGAGUGGUUACUCGGCCAGCAGAGACAUCAUCACCCUCUGUAGGGAGCUGGGGAUGACAGUGAACAAGGAGAUUACAGUUUAUGAAAAAGAAAAGGACAUCAUAUCUACUUGUCGUCAGCUGGUGGCCAUCUGUGAUGAGAUCCUGAGUAGCAGUCCUGAGUCUCUUCUGAACCACACAGCCCGUCUAGAGAGCGUAGACCUGGUGCCGGUCUCCCCUGGGGACGAACUGGGUAUUGAGAUCACCUCCACUGGCUCCAGCGCUCACUACGUCACCGGCACCGCAGCUGAGUCACCAGCUGAAUUCUGUGAGAAGAUCUUGGCUGGGGAUGAGGUGAUACAAGUCAAUGAUCAGAUUGUGGUGGGUUGGAGCAGGGCGAACCUGGUGAGGAAGCUGAAGGAGAACCCCAACGGAGUCACCCUGGUCCUGAAGAAGGUUCCAGUGUCUGUGAAACGCCAUCAGAGUGCCCCAGAGCCCCCGGUGUCCCCUGAGGAAGAAGAGGAGAAGAGCAGGCAUUCGAUCUUUGAGAGGGUCACAGCCUCUGUGCGAUCUCUCUCUUUCAGGGCUGCGGUCCACCCAGACACCAAGCGGUCCAUGGGUCAGGAAGAGUCGGAACUGGUCUGUGAAAGUGUCCAUCCAGGAGGGAACCACUCCUACCACCAGGUGGCGGAGAGCGACGAUUUGGAGGGGGCAGCGUCACGGGGCUCCCCCAGCCCUGGAGGCGAGGCUUCGCCUUCUCCUAGCAACCUGUCGUCCCGGGGAUUGGAGGCGGGAAGAGCCAGCAUCAGCUCCUGCCCCGAGGUGGCAGGACACAGGGAUGAAAGAGAUCCAAAGAGAAGCACAAAAGCUUCCUCCCCAGGCACACGGACGGCCAUGAGUCGACGCCGGGUGUCGUGCCGUGAGCUAGGCCGGGCCGACUGUGACGGCUGGCUGUGGAAGAAGAAGAAGGAGAGCGGGGUCUUCAUGGCCCAGAAGUGGCAGCGGUUCUGGUUCGUCCUGAAAGGCCCGUCCCUAUACUGGUACGCCAGCCAGCAGGAGGAAAAGGCAGAGGGCCUGGUCCAGAUCUCCAGCUACAAUAUUGAGAGUGCAGGGGAGCACAAGAGGAAGUACGUCUUCAAAAUGUGCCACCAGCGCUUUCAGACCUUCAUCUUCGCUGCUGAGAACCUCAACGACAUGAGCAAGUGGGUUAGCUGCUUACUAACAGCCAUACAGAAGUACAAGAAGCUUCACAAAAGUUCACCGGACAGUGAGGAAGAGUGCUACAGUGAGACUGAGCCAGAAGAUGAGGGAUCUCAUUCACCACGCUCCCACAGGCACAAAGUCUAUGGUCAGAAAUCUCAGCCCCACACACUGCCAAGAACCAAGCCCAAGAAGAAGGAGGCGUCUGGCAGUACAGGAGGUCCUCCCACCACUGGGGGCAGCAAAGCUGCAGCUGCCCCAGAGGAUGAGAUGGGGAUGCUGUUCAACAGACUCAAGGAGGACGGGGUCUCUCUGAUUGGUCAUGAACAACCCAUCACGCACGCGCAGUUCCGAAAAUCUUUCAUUCGCCGGAAUAAGAAUCCAAUCAUCAACGAGAAGGUUCACGCGCUCCGGGCUCUACAGAGCACGUUAAAGGCGAAGGAGGUGGAGCUGCAGCUCAUCAACAAGAUCCUGGAGGACGAGGAGCUGAACUCCCUCAAGUUCCGCCAGUGGAAGGAGCACAACGAGGACCUGUAUCAGGAGAUCGAGCGGCAGGCGCUCGCCAGGGCACGACGGCGGGGCAAGGAGCCGGCGCACCCGGGGUCAGAACUGCCCACUGCGGAGACGGGCCCCAUGGGCGACGGGGCGUACGGACUGAGGCUGAGUGACGGAGAGCAGCUGGUGGACGCAGACCCGCCCAGCCCGGAGAAUAAUGUCAGCUCCGACCUGGGCUCCGACCUGGAUCUUUCGCUGGAGGACAGACAAAGCCUUAAUUCGGCCCCUCCGUCGACAGACAGUUACUUCUUCAUAUGAGGACGUUUGGUGUCUCGUAGCGCUGUGAUUGUUUCGCUUAGGAUCUCAGUACCUAGUUUCAGAAUGGCCAAAUGAUGUGAAUCAAAGUUUAUUGAGUGGAAAAUAAUAAUUUUCUUUUUUUUCGUCUAAAAAGUGCUUUGUUGUCACUUUUCAUAUGACAGGGUGGGUUGAGGAGUGAAUGAUAUCGAUUUCAUGACAUAUUCUGUCAGGACUCCAACAUGUGUAUUUUUAUGUAUUUAUGUGGUUCAAGGCUACAGUACAGUC